UCUUCUUAUAGAAGCAGCCGGCCAUUCUCGCGACGCGCUCAGCGUCACAAGCGAAGUCAGAGAAGGUUAGGGUUUCCCAGUCGCGACCUCUGCCGCCGCCACCGCCACCAUGGGACACUCCAACGUGUGGAACUCGCACCCGAAGAACUACGGCCCCGGAUCCCGGGUUUGCCGUGUGUGCGCCAACCCCCACGGCUUGAUCCGAAAGUACGGGCUCAUGUGCUGCAGGCAGUGCUUCCGCAGCAACGCCAAGGACAUCGGCUUCAUCAAGUACCGCUAAAAACUUGAGAGGUCUGAAGCAUCACGAAAAUGGGAGCAUGGAUGAGGAGCAUCUUCGAUCCGUCUUUUGUUUAGUACUGUGAUAAUCAUACCAUGUAAUGAAUUAUUUGGGUUUGAAAUGGACCAAGUCGUAUUCUGGCUGGCACUCUAGUGCACCCUAGUUGAGCAUGUUGAACCGCUAUGAUCAGACUAAUACAAUAUUGUUACUAUUGUGGCUCUAUUGGAGUAACUCGUCUGAGAGGUUCAUGCCU